AUGUCGAACAAGAGAGUCAGAGGGCUGGCCAUCCACCGGCCCAUUCUUUAUGGCUCCACGUCUACUCCCCUUACACCAGCAGAAAAGCUAGCAGCACCUCCGGAUCAUACGCACAAAUGGACAGUUGCAGUGCGCAGUGCGGCUUCCCUUCCGCUUCCUUCGCUCUCGGCCAUCUCUGGCGCAUCCGAUGGCAGUAGCUUCGAGCCUGGAUCGGAAGUGGGCGCUAUCAAUGCUGCAUCUGGGAUGGCAACACCCUCUUCCUCGUCAGCAGCAGGUGGUUCGGCUGCUACCGUCUCCACACGCGGGCGUGAUCAGGAACACGACUAUCACAAGAUGGUCGGAAACAAGGACGACAUUUCCCACUUCAUCAAACGCGUUCAAUUCAAGCUGCACGAAACGUAUUCACAACCUACACGAAACGUCGACAAAUUUCCGUUCCACAUUACCGAAACAGGAUGGGGAGAGUUUGAGAUUCAGAUCAAGAUCUUUUUCGUUGCAGAAGCCAACGAGAAGCCGCUGACGCUGUUCCACCAUCUCAAGCUGCAUCCUUGGCUGCAGAAUGUAGCGGCUGUGGAGACGGAGCCGCCUGCGCCGCCUGCACCCUCACUUCCGGCACCGCUACCGCCCGCUGAUAUGUCUGCUACCAACAGUUCCGUUGAACAGGAUGGACAAGCUUCGACUUCUGCCAACGGCACCAAGCAGGAAGCUGGCCCAGAUAGCAUGGAGGUCGAUCCAACCGCUUCCUCAACAACCGAACAACAGACCAGCACAGAUGCAAAAGUAGAGUCUACACCGGUAGCAGAGCCAGCAGUAGCAACAACAGAACCACUCAAACCGGCAUUGCCUCCCGUAGUCCACUCCUGGCAGUACGACGAAAUCGUAUUUCCCGAACCCAUGGAAGCCUUCUACGAUAUACUAUCAACACACCCACCAACGCCUCUGCCGGUAGUGUCCGCACUUGCGUUUGCCGAUCCUGCAGCUUACCGCUCGUAUCUCUAUGCAAAAGCAGAUGCAGCCAAAGGCAACUCGACAGGUCCACCACCGAUUCCCCCACACCCACUUCACACACCCACCGGCUAUCUGUUCGAUGCGCUCUCGCUUGAAGCUCAGAACGCUGAAGGUGAGCGACUCGAGAUGGCGCGCAUCGCAGCCAUCAAAGACCUGGAAAAGGGGCGCGAACAGCUCAUCAAAGCCGAAAAGGCACUCAAAGAUGCAAGGAACCGCAUCGCAGCUUUAAACAAUGCUGCUCUUGCUUCGUGUACUGCUGUGUCUGGUACUGUUCCACCAGCAUCCUGA